AUGCGACUCGACAAGAUGGUGAUGGGCCUGUGUUUGGCUCUUCUGGUGGCUCUCGUCAAUGCUGUCGGCGCAGUGCCUACAGCUAGCUAUCCCAUCAACGCUCAACUGCCGCCGGUUGCUCGUGUCGGCCAACUUUUUAGCUUUGUCUUUUCAAGUGGCACUUUCGCUGACGGUGGUGCCGGGUUGACAUAUUCAUUAUCAAAUGCUCCGGAAUGGCUACAUGUCGAUACGAAGAACUUGACCUUGUAUGGCACACCGAAAACUGGGAACGCUGGGGCGGCCCAAUUUCUUCUAGUUGCUACCGAUCAAUCGGGCUCUGCAUCAAUGAGCGUGACUCUUGUGGUUUCCAGCGAACCAGGUCCCCAGCCUGGAGCCCCGAUUCUGGCGCAGUUGGCCAAGAGUGGUCCAACAACAAGCCCGGCGACCAUUUUCAUGUAUCCUGGACGCCCUUUCAAUAUAGAUUUUGAUCCGGCGGAGACGUUUAAAAACACCCAACUGAAUACCGUUUAUUAUGCAACCUCAGCCCCGUAUAACGCGCCACUUCCAUCGUGGAUGACAUUCGAUCCCUCGACGCUCAAAUUUGCUGGUAAUAGUCCGUCGAAUCCUUCGUCGAUUCCUCAGUCUUUCAAAUUCAAUAUGAUAGCUUCAGACGCUGCUGGGUUUAGCGGUGCUCUAGUGUCCUUUGAAAUCGUCGUCAGCCAGCACAUAUUGUCAUUCAGAAACUCGACUGCCCAGACGCUCAAUUUCACCCGCGGGCAACCCUUUAGCACUCCUCACUUCAUCGCUGACUUGACACUUGAUGGUCAUGAUGUUGUGGGAAAUAAUGUGUCGAACAUCGAAAUCGAUGGAUCAUCUUGGCUUACCCUUGACAACGAAACUAUUUCACUGAGUGGAGUGGCGCCAAAAGAUGCUGGAAAUCAAAACCUUACUAUUACGGUGACUGAUGCAUACCAAGACAAGGUCAAACUAGAUCUUCAUCUUCAGGUAUCGCAACUGUUUGCCAAGGGAGUUGAGAGCUGCAAUGCGACAAUUGGAGAGAAAUUCUCUUACACCUUUGAUAAAUCGUUACUGAGCGACGAUGCUGUGAAAUUAAAGGUGGAUUUGGGAGACGUGUCGUGGGCAAAAUAUGAUUCUGCAUCUAUGACUUUAUCUGGCACUGUUCCAGAUGAUUUGAAACCGGAGACUGUCCCUGUGAAAUUAACAGCUACAGAAGGUUCGACCGUCGAGACGCGGAAUUUGGACCUGACUAUUUUCAAACCAGGCAAAGCCGGGGUCGUCAAUGAUCAAAAUUCGUCUGGGUCAAAUGACGCGUCAAAGAAGCGAAAGACUAAAAUUAUAGCCAUUGCUGUCAGUGUGCCUGUUGGUGUUGCAAUCAUUGCAGGAAUUAUUCUUUUCGCAUGCUGUUGCCGUCGGCGCUCGAACGCGAAGGACACACCAAAGGAUAUUGAGGGAGACCUUCACACACCAGACGAAAAUAUGGAUGCUGCAAAAUCCGAGAAACACUAUGUCCAAACAAUCACAUCUGAACUACCGAGGAGACCCUCAGACUCAUCGAACGAUUCACUGCCCAUGCAAUUACCUGAGCUGAAUCUGCACUUGAACAGUGUAUCUUCGAAAGAAGACGAGGGCAAAGAAGAAGAUCAGGUCUACAAGUCUCCUGGACGCGGCAUGCAGCCUCAAAAGCCUUCUAUAGAAUGGGAUCUGGCAACCAGAGACCAGGAGAACAUCGGUCAACUACCAUAUAUAUCUCCGAAACGGAGCAAGAGUGUAUCCCAAGGCUCCCCGUUAUCUCAUCGAAGCAACAGGAAAUAUUCAAAACGGGAACCGCUCAAGCCAGUUAACAAUCGCACGUUCAAACGAGACUCGGUCAUGUCUACAAAGUCCAAGCGGUAUUCUAGACGCUCUAGUGGACUGUCAGCAGUAGCCCCUGGGCUUCCAGUUCGACUUAGCGGCGCCGGUCAUGGUGCCGGUGGAAUUGGUCUUCCGCGGCCAGAACUUGCGAGGGCAUCUUGGCAAACGACACAGAUGUCACUACAAAGCGACGAUACAAGUAUUGAGAACCUGUCUACGAUGUUCCCCCGGCCUCCUCCGGUCCGGAAGAGGGACAGCGGUAUCAUGGGUCGUACUCGCGAUCACUCGAGGCGAGUCAGUCUCAGAACCGGCGGCACUACUUCACCCUCACCUCCAGAGCCAGACUCCUUUGAUGCUUUCAUUCAAAGCCGCGCGCGAAGCCGCAAUUCUGGCAACCCAUUGUUUUCGUCUCGGAUGGACAGCCGAGCAUCUUCUGCGUACCGUACAUUGGACAAAGGUCGGCGGAGUUCCAGUAUCGCGGGAACAAGUGUGUCAGCUUCUAGCUUUGUGGAGGAUCGGCGGCAAUCCCAAGUACGGCCUGUAUCUGCGAUAUCAGCAUCUGUCUAUGGUGAUGACCAUCGGAAUUCUAUAGCGCGACCCAUGUCACAAAUAUCUGAAGGAGAGGCGUUGAACGGAUUAGAGGUGGCUAGAACCAGGAACAACCCAGGACUGGUCCAGCGCUACACGGAUGCUAUUGCCCAACUGCCUCGGUUCUGGAGCCAGGGAAGCAUGGGCAGCAGUGCCCGAAAACUGGAGUCGGGAGAUUCCAUGACGGGAUCGGACGACUAUUUCGACCUCAUCGAUGAGCGCGAGGAUCCGGAAGGCCGCCGACAGUGGUACCGGGUGAACUCGCACGCCCAACAGCUUGCUGAUGUGGAGGAAACCGAAGCAGAGCCUACGGCAGAUCCCCCUCUUCCCCCUCAGACGAGAGCCAGCCGCGUACGCCGCAUGAGUUUACUCCGCACUGGAGGCCAGGACAGCAGCCCGAGUAACAACCGACACUGGCGAUUAGCAGACACGCAACAAGGGCGAGCCAGUAUUGAAGGGAGUGACGGUCUUCAUCCGACGACGAAUAGCAGUUUCAGGGGUGAUCUAGCCUUUGUCUGA